CAAAGAUGGUCAGCGUGGAUCCAUUGGCAACGGAGCGUUGGAGGAGCAUCAGAAGAUUAACAGAUCGCGACUCUGCAUAUAAAGUUCCAUGGUUUGUUCCCGGACCGGAAAACUUUGAAGCACUGCAAAACACGAAGAUUCUUGUUAUUGGUGCUGGUGGAUUGGGUUGUGAGUUGUUAAAGAACUUGGCUUUGAGCGGAUUCCGAACAAUUGAAGUUAUCGAUAUGGACACAAUUGAUGUAUCAAACCUAAAUCGUCAAUUCUUAUUUAGGGAAUCUGACGUUGGAAAAUCAAAAGCUGAGGUAGCUGCUGCUUUCGUUCAACAAAGAGUUGUUGGAUGUCAGGUGACUGCGCACAACUGUAGAAUUGAAGACAAGGGUCAAGAAUUUUAUCGAAAAUUCUCUAUAAUUAUCUGUGGACUUGAUUCGAUUCCAGCCAGAAGAUGGAUCAACGGAAUGCUGUGUGAUUUGGUUUUGGAAAUGGCCGACGGAAAACCUGAUGAGAACACAAUUAUUCCAAUGAUUGACGGAGGAACUGAAGGAUUUAAAGGAAAUGCUCGUGUCAUAUAUCCGAAAUUCACAGCCUGUAUUGAUUGUACUCUUGAUCUUUAUCCACCUCAAGUCAAUUUUCCAUUGUGCACAAUUGCUCACACUCCUCGACUUCCAGAACAUUGUAUUGAAUACAUUAAAGUAGUUGUUUGGCCAGAGGAAAAACCAUUUGAAGGUGUUUCUCUUGACGCUGACGAUCCGAUCCACGUUGAAUGGGUUCUCGAAAGAGCAAGUCUUCGUGCAGAAAAAUACAAUAUUCGAGGUGUGGAUCGUCGUUUGACAUCUGGAGUUCUAAAAAGAAUUAUUCCGGCUGUUGCAUCAACAAAUGCAGUUAUCGCUGCAUCAUGUGCCCUAGAAGCUCUGAAAUUGGCCACAAACAUUGCCAAACCAAUCGAUAAUUAUCUUAAUUUCACUCAAAUUCACGGAGCAUAUACCAGUGUUGUUUCAAUGAUGAAAGAUGACAAUUGUCUCACUUGUAGUGGUGGGCGUCUUCCAUUCGAAGUUUCACCAUCUUCAACUCUUGAAUCGCUUAUCAUCAGACUCUCGGAGCGUUUCCAUCUCAAACAUCCGACACUAGCGACCUCAACUCGAAAACUUUACUGUAUUAGCAGUUUCAUGCCACAAUUUGAACAAGAAAGCAAAGAAAAUCUGCAUACUUCGAUGAAAGAUCUUGUUAGCGAUGGCGAAGAAAUACUGGUAUCCGACGAAGCAUUGUCUCGUGCACUUACACUACGAAUUCAGCUCAUCUAAUGCAUUUCUUCUAUUUCACUUUUGAAUGUCUCGGGUAAAGUAUGCCUGUGUUCCAUGUCAAUAAAAAUAAAAUCGUUUUUAAACUC